AUGGGGUUUCUCGUGUCGGCGCUGCUGCUACUACUACGAGAGAACCCAUCCACGGGCAUGGACUUGCAGAUGAUUGGCAGCCGCCGAGAUCAGAGAAGGCUACGGCGCCUGGUUCUGCCAGCAAACUGUGUGCAAACCGUGCCGCAGGAGGCGAAGAAGAGUUCCCGCUCCGUUGCAAUACCCGGCGUCUCUGACUGGCGCACCACCGCCACCGACCUGCUCCACGUCACCGCGAAGGCCGCGAUGGAGAAGGUGAUUCCCAGAGGCCCGGAGGCACGGUGGACUCAUCGGCAGGUGAUCCCGGAACGCUUGAACCAAGUUGACUGCCGACCGGUUCUGGUUUUCGUCAACACCCGAAGUGGGGGCCAGCAGGGCUUCAAAGUGAUGACCGAGAUGAGGAAUUACCUCCACACCCUGCAAGUGGUGGAUCUCCAGCGCGAGGGCCCUGAAGCUGCACUGAAAUGGUGGGAGAAGACCGGCCUGAGGUACCGUAUCCUCGUCUGUGGCGGUGACGGAACAGUUGGCUGGGUUCUCGGCGCUCUCUACCAACUCGAGUUGGCUUACCUGCCUCCUGUUGGAAUUCUUCCUUUGGGCACCGGGAACGACCUGGCGCGAGUCACAGGAUGGGGAGGUGGCUUCACCGCUAGCAGCGUUCUGCCUGUCCUGCAGCGAGUGAACGAGGCUCACGCUGAGCUGCUCGACCGCUGGACGGUGACCUCCAGUUGGCUGGAAGACUUGCGGCCCUCUUGGUUGACCGGCGGCACAUCGCAGGUCAAAGAGCGACGGCUGAAGCCCAUGGUGAUGAGCAACUACUUCGGCAUAGGCGUCGAUGCAGCAGUCGCACUGGACUUCCAUCAGAUGCGGGAGCGCCGACCAGAAUGGUUUUGGUCGCAGCUAGUCAACAAGCUCUGGUACUUCAGGAGUGGGGCUGUCGCCUGGCUGGCCAAGACAUGCGCCAACAUUGGGAGUAAGAUCGAGGUCCACUGUGAUGGUGAAGCCGUCGAGAUCCCUUCUUCGCUAGAAGGCAUCAUCGUCCUCAACAUCCCCAGCUUUGGGGGAGGCACCGACCUAUGGGGCCGUGCCGAAGACGAAGCCGGAGACGAGGAGGGCAGCGAUUCCGACGGUUCCUUGGCGCCCUCCGUCAGCUCAGUCGGGAAUCCGAGUUUCCAAGGCCGACAGUCGAUGCAGGACAGGAAGCUGGAGGUCGUCGGAGUCCACGGCGCCUUGCAGCUAGGUGCCAGCCAGGUGGGCCUCUACAAGGCCCAUCGACUGGCACAGGGAUCUUCGAUAAAGGUGACCAACAAGGUCGUCCUUCCUAUCGAAGUCGAUGGCGAGCCUAUGUGGUUUGCAAAGGAUGGUGUCAUCGAGAUCACACAUCAGAGCCAGGCUUUCAUGCUGGUCAACAGCAAGGAGAGCUCCCACGCAGUGGCGACUGAGCUGGUGGAGUGGGCGGAGCAGCAGAAGGUGAUCAACCUGCAGCAGAGGAACACGAUGCUCAAAGAGAUCUCACGCAGAGCUGGCGUUCGUGCUCCAUCCUCCAGAAAGAAGCCUGCUUCCUGGACUCGCUUAGCACCUGACUGA